CUUUCGAUGCAAUUCAUGGGCGCCCUCUCGCACAUGCUUUGAUACCCUUUGACCUGGGUCUAUAAUAUAUGGAGGAGCUGGUCUCCCUCACUAACAGUAAUUACGAUCCACUCCCGAUUGGGGGAGAUGUGCAUCUCUCCAGGACUCUCCCUUGUCUUGGACCUUUAGUCACCUUUGGUUACUUUUGACCAUGUCUCCUCUUUCUCUCGAGACAACAAACAAUCAUCGAGAUGGUGAACAUGUCUUGCUGCCCCAUUCCGCCAGUUACAACCACCUCCCCGAUCUCGUCGUUUCGGAAUCCGCCUCUCCCACUCUCCGGAGGACAUUCUCAGACCUGACCUACCCGAAGGAUUCCUCAUCCCCGUCCAAGGAGGAUGUCGCAGCGGGGAAAGACAUCCUAAGGCGAACCUCACUCCGGAACAAGGACAAAUCGACCAUUACAGUCUCUCGAUUUAGUGUUUCUACCGAAGAUGUGACCGAUCCUGCUACCACGGAGCUCUCCGGAGCUCCCCCGAAAGCCCCAGAGACGACGAAAGUCCCGGAGACAAAGGCUCCAGAGCCUGUGGCGCGCCCCUCUAAAGCCCGUUCUAUGUCCGGAAGACUGGUCAACCUCGCCCGCAAACCAUGGAAGUCAAGCACCCCUAGCAGAUCUCCUUCGCCGCCGCCCGGUAAGGGCUCGAGGGGGCGGACAUUGCGUGCGGAGGAGCAGUCCCCAUCAAAUUCGCCAGCAUCACAAUCCAAGGGUCUCACUCCGCUGGACACAGUGACAGAAUUCGAUCCCGCCGUUCCUACGCGCAAGCGAACAAUUCUGAACAAACGGCCUCGGCGGCCGAUGGUAGCGGUGGUAACACAAAGCCAAGCGGAUAGUCCCACGACCCCCAAUAGUAAUGCUCCAUCGCCUUUCACGCUAACGGCUAAGAACUCGUUGGAAAAGCUUACAUCGUCGCUCAAUGUGACAACUCCGGUCCUUCCCCCAAUGCCCAGGACAGCGGUUGCUUCUGCCGGCAUAGACUUCCCUCGUAAGAAGGAUGAACUCUGGGGUGUUUUUCGUGGCCUCGAGGCCGAUUUUCAAAAAUUUCAAUCCAAAUCCAGUGCCUUGAAGGCCAACGUCAUCCGCUCUUCGCUUCUACCUUUCCUCAACCGUAAUCAUUCUCACCCGUCUUAUAAGUUAUUGAGGCCGGAAGACCUGGAUCGUCGAGUUAAUAUCCUCAACAAGUGGUGGAUAGGAUUGCUGGAGAUGCUCAAUGGGAAGCACAAUCAAUCUAUAUCAGGCACUGACAGGCCGGUGUAUCUAGAAGCUGUUGUCGGAAUCAUGACUCGGCCUGAAUGGAGGAUUCCUUUCCCAUCGCUGCCAUCCGAUGAAAAUUCACCGAAGCCCCUACAACAUGUUGCAACCUCGAUCUCAGAAAGUUCAGAGGGCUCGUCCGGAAGCUCAGAUUUUCUUGUCGAAUCGAUUCAUCAUAACAUAAGGAACAUUUUCACGCAAAAUUUACUGUCUCAGAUGGCUUUUGUGGUAGAACGGAUGUCCAUGAGACACGCUCCGGCUAGCUUGGUGGCCUUUUGCGGAAAAGCCUGUGCCUAUGCGUUUUUCUUUUGCCCAGGCGUGGCAGACAUUCUUGUUCGGCUGUGGAACACGCCGCCCAACAUCUUCCGGCGGGUUCUUACCCAGUCGAAUGUAGAUGGCAGUGGCAGUACGCGCGCAUUUACACAAGACCUGGCCCUGAACUUCCCGGCGGCUCUUCGCUCAUUAUCCUUCCAUGGCCACACGCCAUUAGUUCGCUAUCUCCGCCGAAAGCCCGAUGUUCCUUUAAGCACGGCUCAGAUUCGGUGGCAGAGCCCUUGGGUUUCACGAUGGAGUGGCCGUGAUAGCGACUUGUUCUUUGUAUUUGUUAAAUAUAUACACAUCCUCUACGCUGAUGCGUUGCCUGCAGACAUCGAUAAAGACAAGCGUGUCUUGGCGCCAGGCUUAUUGCCAAUACACGCACAACUUCUUGUCGUUCUGGAGGACACACUUUAUAAACAGUCAGUCCCCCAGGCGCCAACAAACUCACAUACUGCUGCCGCAAUCACGUUCGAUGAUUUCAUCGAAGGUGCUGAUGCUUCGGUCUCGGCUCUCCCUUUGGGAGCUGCAAACAGUCAUCGAUCGAUGGCCGAAAACCGUUUAAUUAUAUUAUUACGCGAUUUUCUCUCUGAAUCUUCCGUUGAGCCAGAUCAUGCCCGACUGUUAUAUGCCGAGUCAUUUGCUAUGGUUAUGAAAACCGCCGCUGGAAAGACUUCGUUGUUCGAUCAUAAUGCCUGCUUUCUACUUUGCGACUUCGUUGAAGAAGUCAUUCCCAUAAUAACACGAUAUUCCCAGUCGGUGAAGUCAGACUUGUUUGACUGGAAAUUCUGGCUUGAAGUUUGCGAUCGGAUGAUGCAAAGCCAUAACUCUCUCACUGAAGUCCGCGUGUUUUCCUUUCUCUUCUGCGUUUGGAACACAUGGACCGCUUCGGAGGAGAGGAAGGCAGACCUUUGCCUGGAGUUCCUUCUGAAAGAGUCGUUAUUUUAUCACUACUUCUGCCACUGGAGUCCUAUGGUUCGUGCCUACUUUCAUCGUCUUCUUUGUUGGAGAUUGGGUAGAUUUAAUGGUGACCCGUCACCACUCGACACAACAAUUUAUGAAGCGCUUGGGAGCCGAUUACAAAGUCUUUGGGAAUAUUACCUGACGUUUCAAGCAAAAGCUGAAAAGGAACUUACGGUACCGCUAUCUUCAGCGCCCUGUACGCCAGCACCCGGGCGCAGAAUCAUUAUCAUCCGGUGUGAUAACCAUUUCACGCCACCUAGUCUUUUUGUCUCCUUUGACCGCGUCGUCCCUGCGGCACCCCCCGAGCAGAGCGCGGCCUCUAUAAGCAGCAGCUCCGCGAAAUCAGAAUCUAACUCUUCUGAAACGCAGCCACCUAGAAAGAGAUGGAAUCUCUUGAAAGCCAUGUUCGGUGGCUCUUCCUCGAAAUCCAAUGGCGAGGCAUCGCCUUCCAAUAGCUCCGAGGAGUCAUUGGACACAACUGGGUCUGAUAACGUAGCGUCUGCCGACAAACGCAUGGAUGAGAUUUCCCGGUCGAAUAAUAGCUCUGGAGAACUCUCCCGACCCAAGACGGCACACCAGCCUUACUCCUUCAAGUUUUCGCUUGAGUGGAUGGACCGGCCCCAAUGGCCCAGCAAAAACAAGCGCCUUUUCACUCCCUGUUUGCCUGUGGCAGCCCAGUUACACCUGCAGCUACGUAAAUCUGCAGACGCAGGCGACGAAUCUGAAAUAGAGUCCGAUGAAGAAGCUGAGAGCGAUGGCGCCCGAGAGGGCCCACCGUCAGCCAAGGAGACGGAGACCUCAAAGAACACCAACACCGGCUCGAAAUCUGAGAAGGGUUCUAGUAAACCGGCCCCGGAGCCGACAAUAAGCCACCCACUUGUUGCGAGCAAGUACGUGGGCCGUGCUCUUGCAGAAUGGGCCCAGAUUGUCUCAGAAUGCGACAGUUUCUUCGCCCGACGACGCGAUGAGGGCGUACCCUGCGAUCGAAUGGUCGAAACACCAACGCUGGGCGUUGAAAGCUUCAGGAAAUGAGCCGGUGCAGCAGGCUGCCGUAAUAUCGAUGCUGGAAAAGAGAUCCGCGUAAUAUGUAAAUAUGCUGCGUCUGUUUCUUUCCGGCUGCUGUUUUUGUCUUUUCUUUUUUUCUUGAAAACGUUCUGCUUUUCCAGGUGCUGUCUUUUUUUUUU